AUGUCUAAAAUUGCAAAUUGGAGUGCUGAGAUUCCUUUGGGCGAUGGAGAUGGAGACGAUCACCAAGUGUUUCUCAACGAUGAGGAAUUCAUAACUCAAUUUAUAGGUUCUGUCAGAUCAGCUAAGCUUAAUGUGGCUUUGAAUAGCUUAUACGAAUUUGAUUCUCGUUUGAAGCGUUUGGAUGGGAAUGUCCUUUAUGAAUGCCUGGAUGACCUCCUUGGUCUAUACAGCGCUUCCUCUCUUUCUCUUCAAAAAUUCAGAUACGAAUACUUCAUCUUCCUGCCAAAGCUGUUUACCCAGUUCAACCAAUCUAUCGAAUACGCCAUGAAUUGGCAGUCUGAGGAGCACAACAGACUUUCAAAGACUUCUGCAUAUGCUACAAACGCUCACACGUUGUUUCAUCAGUCUGUUGCACUCAUACACGCUCAAAUUGACUCAGACGGCGCUAUUUCGUCAUCUUCUAUCAAUCUUUUAUCCAGAUCACUCGAUUUACAGCUCUCUUUUAGGGAUAGCCAUUUAGUUAAGCCCUCACUAUCUCUCUCUGCCUUGGUUUUGACCCGCAGACUCAUCCGCCAACAUCACUCUACUAUUCCCUCAAUCUUAUCUCUCAUUCUGAGCCAGCCCAGCAUCUCCCACGCUCCGCUUCUCGGUACUGCCAUUGAUGUUGCUUUGCGUCUAAGAGCUAAAUCUGAGACUGACAAAGGUCUCAAAGGUGGCGUUGGCUGGUCUUACGUCGAUCAAAGGAAGGUUGAUAUCAAAAACUUCUUUGUCAACAUGAUUGUUGCAUCAAAGACUCAAGUGCCCUGUCGCCAUAGAGAUGCCCUGCUCGAUUUCAUUGGCAACUUUAUAGGAAAAGAUGAGUUGGAGAAGGAUAUUCUCCCAGUUGUUGAGAAGAUGCUGUUGCGCUCACCAGACGGUACUCUUCAAUUGAUGAUCUCCAUACUCUCCAAGUACAGCGGUGAUCUUGAUGGCAUCAUCACCCGUUUCAUUAAUGCUUUGGUUUCUGUUACCAAAAACCAAAAUCCCGAUGUUAGAUCAAUCGGUCCAUUGUUCGUACAGACAGUUGUCAAGGCAAACCAAGUCUUCGAGAGGAAAUUUGAUUGGACACCUUUCGCUAAUGAGAUCGUCAAUGUUCCAAAGAUGGGUAAAGCGGCAUCGGCAGAGCACCGCGCUACCUUAUUCACUCUUCUAAGCUACGUUCCUACUGGUGAUAAUAUCUCUCAGUCGAUCGCGGAAACGCUCCCAUCGCUUAUCGCAAAAGAAAACAACGACACAGCGAUGCAGUCACUAACUAGCGCACUUGCACCUCAUUUGGCUUAUGCAGUCGCCCAUGGAGGCGUUUCUGCAUCCGCACUCACUCCCCUUGUUAGCGGUCUGGGAUCAACUAAGCCAGUGGUCAAGCGUGCGACUGGUGUUUGUGUAGGUGAUGUAAUUUGGUCUGUCAAUGACUUGGGCAAACUCGAGCCAUUUGUCAAAACUGUUCUCCCUGCAUUCGACGCAGAGCUCAAGACUGUCUCCGCAAGCGCUCUUACUGCACCAGCUGGAGCUCUCGUGGGAUACAUUGUUGUCGCCACCAUGUCCCAUGUAGCCGGUCUUGAAGGUAGAUCGGCAGUCGUUGAAGAGUUCAUUCAGAGUCAAAACAUGAGGUCUGUUACGGCUCUCGGCAGCAAGCCAUCCUUCCUUCUCAACGACAAGAUUUACAGGAAAUUAACAACGUAUCAUGAGGAAUUGUGGUUCAGAAGGUCACUUGAAGCUGUUGCAGCAGAUGACACUGUGUCUUUCAAUAAGGAGCUGUCAACUUCUAUUGGUCAAGCGUUGUUACAUCUCAUAAUAAGUUCAUCCAACAGCGAGACUCGUAGGGAGACGCAAGAAAGCAUUCGCACACUUUCUGAGAAAUCUACUCCACGUACUUCUGACUUUAUGAUCAAUGCGAUCACAGCUUGUAUCGAAUCUGGAGCAGCUACGAAUAGAGUUGCGGGUCCGGCGCUUGUCUCAUCAGUAUCAAGUUCUGCUGACCUCUCUGACCGUCAAGAGGCUGUUGCCAAGUCAAUCUUGAUAGCACACCACACCUUUGUCGAUGGCGUCAAUCGCGGUACCUGGAUCGAGUUGGCUCAACAUGCUCAAGUUGAUGCGCGUGGACUUGUCAGCGAACGCGCUCAGGCAUUGUUUGACGUUGUCAAGUCUAGCUCGGCAUCACCAAAGACUGCCCAAGCUGCUUCUAGAGCUCUCACUACACUCACCUUUGUCGCACCUUCGCUCAUUGUGCCAAUGGCUGUUGAGCAAAUUAAGCAUGAUCUAGAUCCAAAAUCUUUGCACUUUAUUGAUAAUCUUUCCAUCGGUAUGUGGAGAAUGCCGGAGGGAGUACCAUUUGUGGACGUCCUUGCAUCAAAGUCUACCCAAUCUCAAGAUAAGAAUAGAAAGGGUUACGCUAUUGAGCAAUGGGAGAAUGAAAUAAGAGAGUCAAUAGCAGCUAAAAAGAAGACCACUCAGAAGCUUUCACCAAAGGAUAAAGCUGCUGUUGAUGCCCAACUUGAGAAGGAGAAGGGCGUCAGAAAUCACGUUCAAGAUGUCUACGAAAAACUUCGCAUUGGUCUUAUGUCUGUUAAAGCCAUUUCUGCCGCUCGUGUUGAUGAGUUGAAGCCAUUUGUCUAUGAGUUGGUUCUCGUACUGCUCAAAGGUGCACUUCUCAAAGGCGGUAUGCUUGUUGAACAUGACGCUGUGGACGCUUACUUGACUCUUGCUGAUUGUUGUGCUGAAAGACUAGGUGUCACAAAACAUUCAAUCGCCUACGCCACACUGCGCGCAUACAACAUCCCAUUUAUUCCUCAAGAAUACUUGGUUGAGAAUUUGGGUGAAUUGGUAGCUCGCAUCCUUCUGCGUGUCAAGAGCAUUAGCGACAAUAGCCUACUAGACGCCACUACAUUGGGUUUCCUGAUGCCAUUGAUCGACAAGGUCGUUUUCGAAACAGGCGUUGGUAUUUCUAGAGAAGAUCACGAUGGUCUAGAAGAGCAGCUGACUUUGUCAUUGGGACUGCUUUCGACCCAUAGUGCUGUAAUGAGUGAUGUGAACUAUCCUCGCUCAGCUAUCAUUAGAGUCCUCCUCAAAGCUAUUGGAUCAUACACCAAACAUUCCAAAGACGCAUCUAGCACGCUCGUAAAUCUUGGCGAAUCUCUCCGCGAUAAUGCUACGUAUGAUGAGUCUACUAAAUUGAUUCAAGGCACUCUCGCGGAUGAAAUUUAUGUUCGCUCAUCAUGCUUACAGGCUUUACAGCCAAUCGAUAUCACUGAUAUUGAAUUCCCAUCUGAGCUUUGGCUCGCUUGUCAUGAUGAUGAUGAGCAAAAUGCAGCACUAGCUAACCAUCUCUGGGACGAUAAUGGUUUAGAUGUUCCUGAAACAUUCCUUGCAACACUUAUCCCUUACCUCGAUCACGAGAAUAUAUACGUCAGAUUCUCAUCUGCUAAGGCACUCACUGGGGCUGUAGAAAACUACCCUGCUCAGGUUUCUUCAACGCAGCAGGCAUUGCAGGAGCUAUACUACGAGAGAGCUAAGCCGCUCGCUCCAGAAUAUGAUGAAUAUGGCAUGAUUAUUCCUGAAACUAUUGAUAGGACGGACCCUUGGGAAACGAGAAACGCAAUUGCUGGGUCUUUACUCAGUCUCUCAUCGUCUUUCGACGAGAAGGAGAUCGUUGGUCUCUUCGACUUUAUGACUAAAGGGGAAGCUCUCGGAGAUGCCCAUCCUAGUGUUCGUCGAGAGAUGCUAGAAGCUGGUAUCACAGUUAUUGAUAUCAAGGGCAAGGAAGCUCUUCAACCACUCAUUGAGAUGUUUGAAAGUACCCUUAAGCAAACAUCUACAACUGAAACGCAAGAUAUGGUAUUCGAGGCAGUUGUAAUUUUCUUCGGUAGAUUGGCUAGACAUCUUGAACCAAGUGAUGAGCGAGUUCCAAUUGUUAUUGAUAGACUGAUUGAAGCUUUGAAAACACCAUCUGAACUGGUUCAAUCUGCAGUAGCAGAUUGUUUACCACCGCUGGUGCAGGCUAGAACGGAGCAGAGAGACUCAUUGGUGAAAUAUCUCCUUGAUGAACUCAUCGAUGCUGAUAAAUACGCUGCAAGAAGAGGUGCUGCUUAUGGUUUGGCUGGUGUUGUUAAAGGCGUUGGCCUGAGCUCGUUCAAGCAAUUCGAUAUUAUGCGCACUCUGAAGAAGUCUGCUGAAGAUAAGAAAAAUAUGCAAGCGAGACAAGGUGCUUUGUUUGCAUUUGAAACUCUCUCAGCAACUCUUGAUCGCCUAUUUGAACCUUGGAUUCCAACUUUGAUGCCUAUCUUGCUUACAUCGUUUGGUGACUCAAUUCCAGACGUUCGUGAAGCUACUCAGGAUGCUGCCAAAGUUAUCAUGAGUAAGCUUAGCGGUUACUGCGUCAAGGUCAUCUUACCAUCACUUCUUGAAGGUUUGGAAGAGAAACAAUGGAGGACAAAGAAGGGAUCGAUUGAACUGCUUGGUGCUAUGGCUUUCAUGUCUGCAAAGCAACUAUCGGUGUCUCUCCCAACAAUUAUCCCUCAGAUAGCCGAAGUACUCACUGAUACUCACUCGCAAGUACGCUCAGCGGCCAAUGCAGCAUUAAAGCAAUUCGGUGAGGUCAUCAACAACCCAGAAAUCAAGGCUAUGUCCUCAGUAUUGAUCAAGGCACUUGUCGAUCCAACUGCCAAGACGGCAACUGCUUUGACUACGCUUCUCAACACGGACUUUGUUCACUACAUUGACGGACCUUCCCUUGCUCUUAUCAUACCAAUCAUUGAAAGAGGUUUACGCGAACGUUCUACUGAAAUGAAGAGAAAAUCUACUCAAAUUAUUGGUAACUUGGCCUCAUUGACUGAAACAAAGGACUUCUUGCCAUAUAUGAAGGUUCUUCUUGAACAUGUACACAACGUUCUCGUCGAUCCUGUCCCAGAGGCUCGCGCAACUGCUGCUAAAACUUUGGGUAGCUUGAUUGAAAGAUUAGGAGAGAAAAACUUCCCUAAUAUGAUUCCAAGCUUGAUUAGCAUGGUCAGAUCAGAUACUUCAGGUGUAGAUAGACAAGGUGCUGCUCAAGGUUUGGCAGAAGUCUUGAGUGGUCUCGGUAUGGAGAAGAUGGAGUCACUGUUGCCUUCAUUCCUCGAAGACACCAAGCACGCACGUCCAUAUGUCAGAGAAGGUGCAAUCAGUUUGCUCAUCUAUUUACCAACAACGUUUGGCCACAGAUUCACUGUUCAUCUCGGCAGAAUUGUUCAGCCAAUUUUGAGUGGUAUUGCUGAUGAGUCGGAGUAUGUUAGAGAAGCGUCUAUGAGAGCUACCAGAAUGAUUAUCGCCAACUACUCUAACAAGGCUGUUGAUCUUCUCUUGCCAGAACUUGAACGUGGAUUGUUCGAUGAGAGUUGGAGAAUCAGACUCUCUUCUGCACAACUCAUGGGUGAUCUCCUGUUCAGAAUCACAGGUAUCUCUAGCAAGAUUGAAGUUGAUGAUGGCGAAGGUGAAGGCGGAGAAGACGAAGAAGGUGGAGAUGAUACAUAUGGUCGGACUGAAACAGCCAAGAAUCAAUUGGUUGAGAUUCUUGGCGUUGAAAGACGUAACCAGAUUCUUUCAGCUAUCUAUCUCUCGCGUUCUGAUCAAGCACACCCUGUCAGAGUUGCUACAGUGCAAAUCUGGAAGGCGUUGGUACCAAACACUCCAAGAACUGUCAGAGAAAUUAUGCCAACACUUAUCGAAAAGAUUGUCACAAUUCUUGCUAGUGAUUCAAUUGAGAUGCGGGAAACUGCUGCAAGAACAUUGGGUGAAAUUGGUAGAAAACUCGGUGAAAAGAUCUUGCAAGAUGUUAUUCCAACGUUGCACUCAGGAGUGGAUGCAGCUUCUGCUCAACAUAGACAGGGUGUGUGUAUUGCGUUCGCCGAAUUGCUCAAGAAUGUCGAAAGCGAAAAGAUUGAAGGUCAUCACAAUAUCAUCAUUUCAUCCGUGCGCAAGUGUCUCGUUGACGACGACAAGAGAGUUAGAGGAGCAGCUGCCAGAGCCUUUGAUGCUAUGCAGCUUCAUAUUGGUGGUGCUGCUAUUGAUGAGACUAUUCCAACGCUUGUUGAUGCCCUUUCAUCAAACACUCAGUCAGCAGUCGCUGCAUUGGAGGCAUUGAAGGAAGUUAUGACAGUCAGAGCAGCCGCUGUGUUCCCAAUACUGGUACCUAAACUCAUAUCGAACCCAAUCACAACCUUCAAAGCCGAUGCUUUGGAGCAACUCGUUAAGGUCGCUGGUGAUGCUGUCAAUGAACAAAUUACCGAUAUUUUGCGCGCCUACGUCGUGGCAUUAGAAGGAAAGCCUGAUGAUGAGACAAGAGAGUCAAUCGAAAAGGCGUUGUUUAGUCUAUUUAACGUCGUGGAAGGUAUAGAAGGUCUCAAUGUGAUCAUGAUGACUUUGAUUGGAUGGGCCAAGGAUGUCGAGCCAACGAGAAGAGUAUCGGGUAACAAGAUGUUUACGAUGUUCGCCCAAUCUACAGAGGAGGACUUUGAAUAUUACAGAUAUGAUUGGCUCAGACAAUUAAUUGGCGCCAUGGACGAUCCAGUUGAAGAGGUAAUUGAGAGCGCAAGAGAAUCUCUCGAUGCUCUCGUCAAAUCAAUACCAAAGGAUGAACUUGAUGAAACUGCUGUUCCACUUAGAUCAUCACUUGAAAGUCUUGGUUCAUUUGGAAAGAUUGUGGCAGGAUUUAGCCGUCCAAAGGGUAUUGCGCCACUUGUUCCAAUGCUCUUGGCAGGUUUGCUUACUGGAAAUGUUGAGCAACGUGAAAAUGCUGCGUAUGCAAUCGGACAUGUGAUUGAAAGGACAGAUGAGGUUAACAUCAAACCAUUUGUUAUUCAAUUGACCGGACCUCUUAUUAGAAUACAGGGUGAGAAGGUUGCUUCAACAAUCAAAUCAGCAAUUCUUGAUACUCUUACCAUAUUCCUGCAACGUAUUCCUCAACACGUCAAGCCAUUCUUUCCACAGCUUGGUAGAAUAUUUGACAAGGCUAAAGCUGAAGCCGACAUGCGUAUCGUUUCGAUCAGGGCUGAUAAAGCAAUCGAAGCAUUGGCACAAGCCAGAGCAACGAUCAGUGCCAAGUAG